CGCCGGAACUCAGAGGCGGCAAUGGACAGCCGACACAUCGCGCCACCGCCCGCCGUCCUGUUCCUCGUGCUCCUGUCCACCGCGGCGCGGCCGUCUCUGGCUCAGCCGAGCAACAACAGCACGAGCGGCCACCACUCCCGGACGGCCGGCGGGUUCACGCCGACCACGGUGAUCGUGCUCGUGGCCCUCGUCUCCGCCUUCGUCGUCCUCACCCUCUUCUCCAUCUACAUCAACCGCUGCGCGCCGACCCGCCCUCCCCCGCAGCGGCCGUCCCGCCCCGCUCCAGCUCCACCGGACCACCACCACCACCAGGCCUCCUCCGCCACCGGCGGCGGCGGAGGCGGAGGCGUUCUCCAUCCGGAGCGCCGCGCGCGGGCCGGGCUCGACAAGGAGGCCGUCGUGUCGUUCCCUACCGCGGUCUACGGCGACGUGAAGGCGCGCGUGGCGGGCCCGCUCGAGUGCGCGGUGUGCCUCGCCGCGUUCGAGGACCGCGACGAGCUCCGGGUGCUCCCCGCCUGCUGCCACGUCUUCCACCCGGACUGCAUCGACCCCUGGCUCGCCGGCGCCGCCACGUGCCCGCUCUGCCGCGCCGACCUCACGGCCGCCGCGCCGCACCCUCCUCCCGCCUCCUCCUCGGGCUCCUCCUCCGAGCCGGCGGUGCGGGAGCGGGAACAGGAGGCGCGCGACGAGGAGCGAGACGAGGAGGCGCGCCUCGUCGCCGCCUUCACGCCCGAGUCCGUCAUGAGCUUCGGCGCGGCGCGCCCCCACGAGUUCGUCUACCGGCGGACGCAGUCCGCCAUGGACGUGCCGGACCGGCACACGCUGCGGCUGCCGGAGCACGUCAUGAAGGAGCUCGCGGCGGUCCGCAGGCACCGGCGGGCCGCGAGCCUCGCCGUGUACCCCGACGGCGUGGAGCGGGCGCCCGGAUGGCUGGCGUCGUUCUGGCGGUCCGUGCCGUGGCAGCGGCCGAGCCGGACGGACUCGGACGCCGUCGACGAGCACGGCGGCAGCAAGCGCGUCUUCCCCAUCGCCGGAGCUCCGUCGGAAAGACCCAGCGGAUCAGGGGAUGCUACAGACGAGGAGAAAGCCGACCGUGGCGCUGGCGCGUGAUUCAGCUUCGCGUCCAAUGCAAGGGACGAUGAUCAUUGAUUGGUGUUGUGAACUGUGAAGUCAUCAAGUGCUAGCUGCCUCCCUCUGGGAAAAAUAUGAAAUUCUAGUUUGGUUUCUAGUUAUUUUUAAAAAAAGCGUACCUAAAAUUAGAAAAAAGGGUAUUCCAUUCCGACGUUUUCAUCCUAGACGUUGGUUUAGAACUGCAUUCCUUUUUCAGAUGGAGGGAAAAGUAGCGUGAUGGUAGAAUUAACGUGUGUCCCCGAUGCCGGUCGAUGCUUUUUAUCCCGGUACUAAUGUACUCGUAUACUCCAUGAUGAUUUUUUGGUCUGGGUAUGAAUGCCUGGUGAAAUUGUAAGAUUUUUAGC